AUGGAAAACAGUGAAGAUAUUGGUGGCGAACAUCAUGACAAGCACGACGAUGAAGGAAGACACGAUGACGAGGAAGCUGUUGCUCGCCUUGAUGAAUUUAAGAAAUCCAUUGAAGCCAAAAUGGCUCUUCGUAGGAAUAAUUUGAACCCUGAACGGCCUGACUCGGGCUUUCUUAGGACACUGGAUUCUAGCAUCAAACGCAAUACAGCUGUCAUAAAAAAACUGAAACAGAUCAAUGAAGAACAGCGAGAAGGUUUGAUGGAUGAAUUGCGAAAUGUCAAUUUGAGCAAAUUUGUCAGUGAAGCAGUAACAGCCAUCUGCGAUGCAAAGCUUAAAGCGUCUGACAUACAACCUGCUGUACAGAUUUGUUCUUUGCUCCACCAAAGGUACAUCGACUUCUCGCCUAGUCUUGUUCAGGGCCUCUUAAAGGUGUUCGCACCAGGAAAACAUGUGGAAGAUCUCGAUGCCGACAAGAAUUCAAGGGCCAUGAGGAAGCGAAGUACUCUGAAGCUUCUCCUGGAAUUAUAUUUUGUUGGAGUUGUAGAAGAUAGUGGCAUCUUCGUAAAUAUUAUUAAAGAUCUAGCCAGCAAUGAACAUUUGAAGGAUCGCGAAACAACCCAGACGAAUUUGUCUCUUCUUGCUAACUUUGCUCGACAUGCAAGGUUUUUUCUGGGACUUCCAAUGACUGGACAAGAUAUUCUUGAAGAGUUCUUCAAGGGCCUUAACUUUCCAGCAGACCAGAUAAAGUACUUUCGGAAGACAUUUCAAAACUACUAUGAUGCUGUUGUGGAACUUCUUCAAGCUGAACAUGCUUCACUUCGUCAUAUGGAGCAUGAAAAUGCAAAAAUUUUGAAUGCCAAAGGAGAAUUGAGCGAGGAAAAUGCUUCUUCAUAUGAAAAGCUGCGUAAAUCAUACGAUAAUAUGAGCCGUGGCGUCACAUCUUUGGCUGAAGCACUUGAUAUGCAACCUCCAGUAAUGCCGGAGGAUAGUCAUACAACAAGACUCACAUCAGGUGAGGAUGUUUUAUCUCCUGUUGCUGGAAAAGACACUUCUGCUAUUGAAGCCCUCUGGGAUGAUGAAGAUACCAGAGCUUUCUAUGAAUGCCUUCCUGACCUCAGAGCUUUUGUGCCUGCUGUGUUGCUUGGGGAGUCAGAAGCUAAGUCAAAUGAGCCGUCCUUAAAGAAUCAGGAAUCAUCAUCUGAUGCGGCUUCCGAAUCAGACAAAGGUCAGAUAGCCACACAAGAAAAUCCUGAAACUGAUUCUGGAACUCUAACAGAGGAUAAAGAGAAGGACAAAGAAAAGGGGAAAGAGAAAGACACUGAAAGAAAAGGAGACAGUGAAAAGGAUAAAACAAAAGGUCUUGAUGGAACAAAUCUUGAAGCUUUGCUGCACAGGCUUCCUAGCUGUGUGAGUCGUGACCUGAUCGACCAGCUAACAGUAGAGUUUUGCUAUUUGAACUCAAAAUCCAGUAGAAAAAAGCUUGCAAGGGCUUUGUUCAAUGUUCCAAGGACAUCGCUGGAGCUGUUGCCAUACUACUCGCGCAUGGUUGCAACAUUGUCUACCUGUAUGAAAGAUGUAUCGUCCAUGCUUCUGCAGUUUUUGGAGGAAGAAUUCAACUUUUUAAUAAAUAAGAAGGAUCAAAUGAAUAUUGAAACGAAAAUAAGGAACAUUCGGUUUAUAGGAGAACUUUGCAAGUUCAAAAUCGCCCCUGCUGGCUUAGUUUUUAGCUGUCUGAAGGCUUGUUUAGAUGAUUUCUCUCACCAUAAUAUUGAUGUCGCCUGCAAUCUUCUUGAGACAUGUGGUCGCUUUCUCUACCGGUCCCCUGAAACCACUGUACGGAUGUCGAACAUGUUAGAUAUUUUGAUGCGCCUGAAAAAUGUCAAAAAUUUGGAUCCUCGGCAGAGUACCUUAGUGGAAAAUGCUUAUUACUUGUGUAAACCACCAGAAAGAUCUGCGCGAGUUUCCAAAGUCCGUCCACCUCUUCAUCAGUAUAUUAGGAAACUACUCUUCUCAGAUCUUGAUAAGUCUUCCAUCGAGCGUGUUUUGCGGCAGUUGCGUAAGCUACCUUGGAGUGAAUGUGAGGCAUAUCUCUUAAAGUGCUUCUUGAAGGUUCACAAGGGAAAAUAUGGUCAGAUUCAUUUGAUUGCAUCACUAACAGCUGGUCUGAGCCGCUAUCAUGAUGACUUCGCAGUUGCUGUCGUUGAUGAGGUUUUGGAGGAAAUUAGAAGGGGGCUGGAGCUGAAUGACUUUGGGAUGCAACAACGGAGGAUUGCGUUCAUGCGUUUCUUGGGGGAACUCUACAAUUAUGAACUUGUAGAUUCAUCUGUAAUUUUUGAUACGCUAUACUUGAUCCUUGCUUUUGGACAUGGUACAACAGAGCAAGACGUGUUGGAUCCGCCAGAGGACUGCUUCCGUAUCAGAAUGGUUGUCACACUUCUCGAUACAUGUGGCCAUUAUUUUGAUAGAGGUUCAUCAAAGAGGAAGCUUGACCGGUUCUUGAUUUAUUUUCAAAGAUACAUACUGAGCAAAGUUGCCCUUCCCCUGGAUAUUGAAUUUGAUCUCCAGGACUUAUUUGUCGAACUGAGACCAAAUAUGACCCGGUACUCAUCGUUUGAAGAGGUCAACAACGCCUUAAUCGAGUUCGAGGAGCGUGAGCGCCGGGUCUUGACUGAAAGGGCUCACAAAGAGAAGGACACCACCAGUUCGGGCAACCUAUCGAUGAACGGGCAGAGUCCCGACAAUGGCACGGAAGAGAACGGCCUCGGAGCUCAUAGGGACGAAACGGAGAGCGACUCAGGGAGUGGAACCCCCGAGCGCAUCGGCCGGGAUGAAGAAUCGGACCGUGAGAAUCGGGAUGAGAGUGAGGAUGAUUAUGGGCCGGCGUCGGAUGAUGAAGAGGACGGGCAGGUGCGUGUCAGGCAGAAAGUUGCUGAGGUGGACCCAGAGGAGGCCGCUGAUUUUGAUAGAGAGCUGCGGGCCCUCAUGCAGGAAAGUCUGGACUCGAGAAAACUGGAGCUACGCACACGCCCAUCCAUAAACAUGAUGAUCCCGAUGAACCUCUUUGAGGGCCCCACAAAGGAACACCACCAGCACCAGCACCACCACCACCACCACCAUGGACGGGUGGCGUCGGAGGCAGAGAGUGGGGAUGACACGGCAGACGAAGGCUCUGGCGAGGUGAAGGUGAAGGUGCUUGUGAAGCGCGGCAACAAGCAGCAGACGAGGCAGAUGUACGUUCCGCGCGACUGCUCGCUCGUCCAGAGCACCAAGCAGAAGGAGGCUGCCGAGCUCGAGGAGAAGCAGGACAUAAAGCGUCUCGUCCUGGAAUACAACGACCGGGAAGAGGAGGAGCUGCUUCUCAACAGUGGUGGGGCCCAGCCGCCCAACUGGAACCAGGGAGGGGGGAGGAUCGUGAGCAGGGGGCCCACGUGGGACGGUCACCACAGAUCGUCUUCGGGGGGGCGCCACAGGCAUCUGUACCACUCUGGAGCCGGGUAUUACUACGGGAGGAGAAGGUGA